AUGAAAGAAAUGACUGCUAGUUGUACAUAUAAAAAAUUUCUAGCCUGUAAACCAACCGAAUUCGCAGGAAGUGAAGGAGCCACAGCUGUACUGCGAUGGCUAGAAAAGACGGAAGUUGUUCUUAAGAUAAGUAAAUGUGUAGAAGAAGAUAAGGUAAUGUAUGCUUCUAAUCUCUUCAAAGAAGAAGCAUUAGAAUGGUGGAAUACUAUUCUACAGGCAAAAGGAAGUAACAUGGCUUAUGUCAUGAGUUGGGAAGAGUUUAAGGAAAUGACAGAAAGGAAAUGUUGUCCUCCUUAUGAGAAGGAACAAAUGGCAAAUCAGUUCCUAAACCAUAGAAUGGUGGAUGUAAAGUGUCGUGAGUACACGUCAAAAUUCUUUAAAUACACAAGAAUAGUACUGACUCUGGCUUCGCCAGAACCUUCAAGGCUACUAGACCUCGGAUUAUCGAAAGACGCAGUUGAAUUGGCCAAUACCUUGACUGACGGAUUAGUUCAUACGAGAGAUGAAAAUAGGAAGAAGGAGUUGGCUCAGAAGAUUACCCAAGGUUUUCGCUCGAGUAACAACUUCAAGAAAGGAGUUGGACAGUCUUCUGCACCACCUCUUUGCAAAUUAUGCAAAAGAAGGCACCCAGGAAGAUGUAAUAGGUACUGCAACUUCUGUAAAAUACCUAGGCACAGAGAAGAAGAAUGUAGAAAGAAAUCUACUAUCUGCUACAAUUGCGGGGAAGCAUGGCACUUUAAGCCAAAUUACCCUAAAUUAACAAAGGCACCUGACAACAAAGCAAAAGCGGCAGAUGGAGCCAACAAGAAGAAUGCAUGUGCUUUUUAG